ACAGAACCAGCCUGCAUGGCCUGCCUCAUGAGCAGCCCAUCAUCACCCAGUGGGCCGCCUGCACCUGGGCCACCCUUGUGCCCUGUGCAGCCUUGCCCACCAGCACCACCUGCUCCACUUGAUGCUAUAUCAAUGUGCCCAUCUGAAGAAGAGAAAGAAAAACCUUCUUCUUCCAAUCUGGAGGAGUCGGUGACUGAGCCAGAGAUUGGCAAACCAGAAAAUGUUAGUGAGACGUUUGGAAUUGCUCCAGGGGAAGUAACAGAGCAUGACCCGUUGAUCUGUGUCGAUGGAGCUGACACAACUACCACGUUCGGCCACUUGACGAUGCCCGAAAGCGGAGAAUCGGACGAGGCCGAGGUUUUCUCUGAUAAAGAGGAAGGGUUGAGUGAGCCUGAGAUUGACAGAUCAGUAUAUGUUUCUGAGAUGAUUGACAUUGCUUCAGAGGAACGAACAGAUGAUGGCCAUUUGACGUAUGUUAUUGGAGAACAAAAAAGCUGUACAUUAAGAAUCCAAGAAGAAACAGAAUCAUCUUCUCAUUUGGAGAGUAUCUCUGAGAGUCUCCCACAAAUGUAUGUGGAUAUUUCACCUGGAGCUGCAGGUCAAACAGGAAAAAAUAUAUUAAGUGGACAAAUAGAAGGUGUGUCUUACAUAUCUUCUUGCACGAGUGGGUCAAGAAACUUCAAGAUGACAGCUGAGACCACAUCCACUCCAACAGCACAGGCCUCUCACCGCUCUGCCUUUGCCACUGGUCUACACCACCACCAGUUUGCCAUGGAUAACAAUACUGCUGCAAUCGUGGUCGACAACGGCUCCGGCAUGUGCAAGGCCGGCUUCGCGGGCAACGAUGCCCCCCAGGCCAUCUUCCCCUCUGUCGUGGGACGCCCGAGGUACCAGGGUGUCAUGGUAGGCAUGGGCCAGAAGGACUCCUACGUAGGUAAUGAGGCUCAAAGCAAGAGAGGCAUCCUGACCCUCAAGUACCCCAUCGAACAUGGCAUUGUCACCAACUGGGAUGACAUGGAGAAGAUCUGGCACCACACCUUCUAUGAGCUGCGCGUGGCCCCCGAGGAGCACCCCGUGCUGCUGACUGAGGCCCCACUGAACCCCAAGGCCAACCGUGAGAAGAUGACUCAGAUCAUGUUCGAGACCUUCAACACCCCAGCCAUGUACAUGGCCAUCCAGGCUGUGCUGUCCCUGUACACCUCUGGCCGCACCACUGGCAUUGUGAUGGACUCUGGUGAUGGGGUCACUCACACUGUGCCCACCUACGAGGGGUAUGCCCUCCCCCAUGCCAUCCUGCGUCUGGACCUGGCUGGCCGGGACCUGACGGACUACCUCAUGAAGAUCCUCAUGGAACGUGGCUACAGGUUCACCACCACGGCCGAGCGGGAAAUCAUGCGUGACAUCAAGGAGAAGCUCUGCUACGUCGCCCUGGACUUGGAGCAGGAGAUAGCCACUGCCGCCUCCAGCUCCUCCCUGGAGAAGAGCUACGAGCUGCCCGAUGGUCAGGUCAUCACCAUCGGCAGCGAGCGCUUCCGCUGCCCCGAGGCUCUCUUCCAGCCCGCCUUCCUGGGCCUGGAAGCCUGUGGCAUCCACGAGACUACCUUCAACUCCAUCAUGAAGUGUGACGUGGACAUCCGCAAGGACCUCUAUGCCAACACGGUGCUGUCUGGUGGGACCACCAUGUACCCUGGCAUCACCGGCAGGAUGCAGAAGGAGCUCACCGCCCUGGCCCCCAGCAUGGUGAAGGUCAAGAUCAUUGCGCCCUCUGAGCGCAAGUACUCCGUGUGGAUGGGCGGCUCCAUCCUGGCCUCGCUGCCCACCUUCCAGCAGAUGUGGAUCAGCAACCAGGAGUAUGAUGAGUCUGGUCCCUCCAUCAUCCACCGCAAGUGCUUCUAGGCGGACUGAGUUACC